UAAUGGGAAGUGAGGUCGUGGCUGUCAUGUCAUGGAGGAAGACUGGUCUCUUCUCUCUCUACCAACCAUAAAACCCUCAAAAUCAAAAUUUUUUUAUUUUUUAAAUAUCCCCUUUUUCUCUCUCUGCAAAAUCUAAAUCUGGGAAUCCUUAUAUGAAAACGAAGACUGAGUGCCUUCCACUGUAUCAACAAAAAGAAAGAAGAAACCGAAGAGAAGAAAGAAAUGAUGAAGGGAAAGGGAGCUUUAAACGCUAAUCUGAAGCUGUCUCUUCCUCCUUCAGCGGAGAUCUCCUUCGCCAAAUUUCUAACCGAAAGCGGUACAUUUAAAGACGGCGAUCUCCUCGUCAACAAGGACGGACUUCGAAUUGUCUCUCAAUCCGAACCUGAAGCUCCUCCGCUUAUUAAGCCAUCAGUAACUGACAAUGACAAUCAGUUGAGUAUAGAAGAUUUCGAUGCUAUUAAAGUUAUCGGUAAGGGUAAUGGUGGAAUUGUACAAUUGGUCCAACACAAAUGGACUGGUCAGUUUUUUGCAUUGAAGAUUAUUCAAAUGAAUAUUGAGGAGUCAGCUCGCAAGCAGAUUGCAAAGGAAUUGAAAAUAAAUCAGUCCUCUCAGUGCCCAUAUGUUGUUGUUUGUUAUCAGUCUUUCUAUACUAAUGGUGCCAUUUCAAUCAUCUUGGAGUAUAUGGAUGGUGGAUCCCUUGCAGACUUUCUGAAAAAUGUUAAAUCCAUUCCUGAGCACUAUCUUGCUGCAAUAUGUAAGCAGGUGCUCAAUGGUUUGAUGUAUCUUCAUCAUGAAAGACACAUUAUCCACCGAGACUUAAAGCCUUCUAACUUGUUAAUAAAUCAUAGAGGAGAAGUCAAGAUCACUGACUUUGGUGUGAGUGCGAUAAUGACAAGCACUCAAGGACUAGCAAACACUUUUGUAGGGACGUACAACUAUAUGUCUCCAGAGAGAAUUAUCGGUGGCAAUUAUGGCAAUAAAAGUGACAUUUGGAGCUUGGGGCUAGUGUUGCUCGAGUGUGCAACUGGUCAAUUCCCAUAUUCCCCACCAGAGCAGGCAGAAGGAUGGACUAAUUUUUAUGAGCUCAUGGAACAAAUUGUUGAACAACCACCACCUUGGGCACCUUCCGAGCAAUUUUCUCCUGAGUUUUGCUCAUUUAUUUCUGCAUGUUUAAAGAAAGACCCAAAGGAAAGAAAGUCGGCACAUGAACUGCUGGCACUUCCUUUCUUGAACAUGUAUGAUGACUUGGAUGUGGACCUCUCAUCUUACUUCAACAAUGCAGGAUCACCACUUGCAACUCUUUAGAACUUUUGUGAGUUCAGACUGAGCGAAUAGGACUCAAAAGAAUGUCAGCAGAACUCAAAGUUGUGGAAGCAUGGAAGAUUUUAGUUGUGGUGUUGUUGUGACUAAAGUGCGGGACUUAUUUGAGCGGCUGUUGUGAUUACAGCGUCCAAAGUUAGGCAUCGGAGAUAAAUAUUUCUUGCCAGAGCACUCGGAGUGUGAGGUACAGCUUGCGGCUGUGUAUUAUUGUUUCAUAAUUGAAAGUUAAUGCUGUCAUAUAUCAAGAACAAUUUUAUAAGCUUCCUGAAAUAGACAUUGUACUGAAUUGGAUAAUGGAAAGUGACAAUUUUUACCUA